AUGGGGAGAGGCUGCCAGGGGGUGUCAACCCCGUCCCCAGCUCCCGACAGGGCCGUCACCCCCCUGGGGGUGAUUUUGGGGGUGAUGCCAACCCCUGUGGGUGUCAGCAGGUUUUGCCUUCUUUCCCAGAGCAAGCUGGUGAAGUAUUUCAGCCGGCAGCUGUCCUGCAAGAGGAAGGUGGCCCUGCAGGAGCGCAAUGCCAAGCUGGAGGGCUUCCCCCAGCUCCUGCACUGGUUCCGCAUCGUCGACAUCCGAAAGGAGGUGAUGGAGGAAAUCGCCCCUGGGCAGCUCAGCCUGGAGGAUCUGCUGGACAUGACCGAUGAGCAGGUCUGUGCCACCGUGGAGAAGUUUGGGGCCAACAGAGAGGAGUGUGCCCGGCUGAACGCGUCCCUGUCCUGCCUCCGCAGCGUCCACAAGUCUGGCGGGAGCCUCUCCAAGCAGGACUGGACCAUCCAGUGGCCGAGCACGGAGCCGGGCAAGGAGAACAGUCCGGGAUGCCCCGCGGAGCCGGGACCCUGGGGCAGGACGCACCCGAGCCCCAAGGUCCAGCCCAAGUGUGGGCAGCACCACUGCCACGCCAGCUCGUCCCACGGCCCCAUGUACACCCACGUGGACCGCCUGACCGUGGAGGGUCACCCGGGGCUCUGCCCACCCCUCGAGUCCGGCCACCGCUCCCUGCCCCCGUCCCCCCGGCAGCGCCACGCCGCGCACACCCCCCCGCGCACCCCCAACAUCGUCACCACCAUGACCCCGCCGGGGACCCCCCCCGUGCGCCGCAGGAACAAACUGAAGCCCCCCGGGACGCCCCCGCCCUCCUCGAGGAAGCUGAUCCACCUCAUCCCGGGAUUCACGGCGCUUCACCGGAGCAAAUCCCACGAGUUCCAGCUGGGACACCGCGUGGAUGAGGCGCACACCCCCAAGGUCAAGAAGAAGAACAAGCCCCUGAACCUGAAGAUCCACAACAGCGUGGGGAGCUGUGAGAACAUCCCAGCCCAGCGCUCCCCUCUCCUCUCCGAGCGCUCCCUGCGCUCCUUCUUCGUGGGGUACCCGCCCUUCCUGCCCUCCACCCCGCCCGUCCACACCGAAGCCACCUUCUCAGCAAAUACGCUGUCAGUGCCUCGCUGGUCCCCGCAGAUCCCUCGUCGGGAUUUAGGAAACUCCAUCAAACACAGGUUUUCCACCAAGUACUGGAUGUCUCAGACCUGCACCGUCUGCGGGAAGGGAAUGUUGUUCGGCUUAAAAUGCAAAAACUGCAAGCUCAAGUGCCACAACAAAUGCACCAAAGAGGCGCCCCCGUGUCACCUGCUGAUCAUCCACCGCGGAGGGAGACGAGCCGGUCGGGGCGAGGCAGAUUUGCAUUGCAAACCACUUCCACCCACCCUCCCCCUGCCUCCUUUUCUUUUCAGAUUCCCCACCGCACGGGCAAGGUUAGUCCGGACAGAGUCGGUGCCCUGCGACAUCAACAACCCCCUGAGGAAGCCCCCGCGGUACUCGGACCUGCACGUCAGCCAAACCCUCCCCAAAACCAACAAACUCAACAAGGACCACAUUCCAGUGCCCUACCAGCCAGAUUCCAGCAGCAACCCCUCGUCCACCACAUCGUCCACGCCGUCCUCGCCGGCCCCGCCGCUGCCGCCCAGCGCCACCCCCCCGUCCCCCCUGCACCCGUCCCCGCAGUGCCCGCGCCAGCAGAAGCAGUUCAACCUGCCAGCCUCCCAUUACUACAAGUACAAGCAGCAGUUCAUUUUCCCAGAUGUGGUGCCUGAGACGCCGACCCGAGCCCCGCAGGUCGUCCUGCACCCCGUCACCUCCAACCCCAUCCUGGAAGGAAACCCAUUGCUUCAAAUUGAAGUGGAGCCCACCUCGGAGAACGAGGAAGGCGCCGAGGAGGUGCAGGAGUCCGAGGACGACUUUGAGGAGAUGAACCUCUCGCUGCUCUCCGCGCGCAACUUCCCGCGCAAGGCCAGCCAGACCAGCAUCUUCCUGCAGGAGUGGGACAUCCCCUUCGAGCAGCUGGAGAUCGGGGAGCUGAUCGGGAAGGGCCGCUUUGGGCAGGUGUUCCACGGGCGCUGGCACGGGGAGGUGGCCAUUCGCCUCAUCGACAUCGAGCGCGACAACGAGGACCAGCUCAAGGCCUUCAAGAGGGAGGUCAUGGCCUACAGGCAGACCCGGCACGAGAACGUGGUGCUCUUCAUGGGGGCCUGCAUGAGCCCUCCCCACCUCGCCAUCAUCACCAGCCUGUGUAAAGGACGGACUCUCUACUCCGUGGUGAGGGACGCCAAAAUUGUCCUGGACGUCAACAAGACGAGGCAGAUAGCACAAGAAAUUGUGAAGGGAAUGGGAUACCUGCAUGCCAAGGGGAUCCUCCACAAGGACCUCAAGUCCAAGAAUGUUUUCUAUGACAAUGGGAAGGUGGUGAUCACCGACUUCGGGCUCUUCAGCAUCUCCGGAGUUCUCCAAGCGGGCAGGAGGGAGAACAAGCUGCGGAUCCAGAACGGCUGGCUGUGCCACCUGGCUCCCGAGAUCAUCCGGCAGCUCUCUCCGGACACCGAGGAGGACAAGCUGCCCUUCUCCAAGCACUCGGAUGUCUUUGCACUGGGCACCAUCUGGUACGAGCUGCACGCCCGGGAAUGGCCCUUCAAGACGCAGCCAGCGGAGGCAAUAAUCUGGCAGGUGGGAAGAGGGAUGAAGCCCAACCUCAGCCAGAUCGGGAUGGGCAAGGAGAUCUCGGACAUCCUCCUGUUCUGCUGGGCCUACGAGCAGGAGGAGAGACCCACCUUCACCAAGCUCAUGGACAUGCUGGAGAAACUGCCAAAGCGCAACCGCCGCCUUUCCCACCCGGGGCACUUCUGGAAGUCGGCAGAGCUGUGACGGGAGGAGUUAAGGGACGGUGCCUUCCUCCCCCAGCGGGUCUCCUCUUCCUCUCCGCUUCCCAGCCUGCGCUAUGGAGGAGCAGCGGGGCCGACAGCGGCCCGGCAAUGAGACUCUUCCCCCGCAGCGUUUCAUCAUCCCGGGAAUCCUCUCGGAGCGGGCGGGACGAGCCGGAGCAGCCCCGGGAGCGCCCGGCUGCGGUGGGACCGGGACAGCAGCGGGCGGCUCUCGGUGCACGGGCGGUGGCUCUGGGGACAGUCCCCUCCCCGAGCAGGGCUGACCCACUGGACGAUGACUUCAAUUUAUCCCCAGGGCUCCUCUGAUCCCGACCCAGCGCUCACGAUGAUGCUCGGCUGGGGAGGGCUUGUUCUCGGUUCUCUGUGGGUUUAUUUAAUUCCCUUUAUUUAUUUCUUUGCGGUUUUGUCAUGAAAAAAGGGGGAAUGUCGCUGAUUCAUGAGUUUAUCCCCGGAUCCUGCGGGGCCAGGGAGCGCCACUGCCAUUAGCUGCUCCCCCGUGGGGAAAUGCAUCUGUCCCGCUCCCCCCGAGCCCCCGCAGCCCCUUCGUGGGCAGCGCUGACCUUUCACAAGUGGCUUCUCUCCCUGCCAGCCGCGGCCACUUACGCGUCCCCCCGCGGGUGUCCCUCCCGGCGGGGCACAUCUCCACAUUCCCGAUCAUUUAUCCGCUUUUCCCGGUGUGUUUCUCAUCAGCCAGCCCCGCCCUGCCCUCAGCGCUGCCCUGCUCCUGGCUUCGCUCCUCGCUCCCAAAACCCCGCGUUUGGGGAUGCUCUGGGGCUGGGCACAGCGGGGCAGCUGGAAUUGGGAUCCAUCCCCUCUCCUAAGGCUCAUUCCUGCAGCUGGGAAUGCAGACAGGCUCUGGUUGUACAGAGCAUCUCCCAGCCCCACACGGGGACACCUCAGCCAUGCCCAUUCCCCACCCCCCUGCCACAAACUCAUCUCCCAUCAGCCAAAUCCCAGGGUUUCCCCAAAAAAAUUCUCCUUGGGAGGUGCUGUUGCCACCUGGAUUCCACGUGCUGGUAUUUCCCUGUCCCCCCAGCCCGGGUGGGCUCUCCAGCCCCUCAGAUGAGCUGUCAGAUGAGAGCAGAUCCCAUUCCCAGGCUCUCAUGGGGCAUUAUCAUCCCGGAUAAUUCAAUUGUAGUCUCAGUUCGCUUUAAUUUGGAGCCGUCACGAGGCUUUGCAAAUUUAACCGGCCCUGGUUUGUCUGGCUGCUCCCCCAGCUCCUCCUUGCUGGUGUUGGGAGCGCUUUAGCAUAAGUAAAUGAAGAUCAGAAACUUAAUUGCAGCUGGGAUGAGAUGGGAUUUUAAUUGUGGGGGUUUUAAAAUCCCCACAUGAGUGAAAAUUCCAAGGUGGGCAGGAGCAGGGAGGGGUGGAUCCAGCCCCCAAAAAGGAUCUGGAGGAGUCUCCUGCUGGUGUUUUUGGGAUCCCAUCCCUCUCUGGGAGGCAGCGUGUGGAGCUGGGAUGAGGCUGGGAUGCGCAGGCUGAGCCCUCGUUUAGGUUAAUUGGGUUAACUUGGGUUAAUUGCUCCCUGCUCCAGCAGCACAAUUUGGGGUCCCUGAGUUAGGGCUCACCUCCUCAUCCCCCCUUUCCCUUUCCCCCAGCAGAUGGGCUGUGCUGUCCCUGUCCCCUCCCAGCUCUCCCUGCUGUGCCCAGGAGCAGCGAACGUUGCACUAAAACCUCGGAGCCUCUCUGAGCUUUCACCGAUGCCUUCACCUCCGCUGCCCCGGGCUCUGGGGGAGGCACAAAAUCCCCUUUCCCAGAGGUUUUGGGUGCUGGGAGGGGCACGGGGAGGUGUCCCCGACCCCCAGAGCCCGUCCGGAGGGAGCGAUGGUCGCUGUCCUGCUGUGGGUUUGGUCUGUGUGAACUCCCCAGGGGAGCAGGAGACAGGGGAGGGUGUGGGGAGGAGGUGAGCCCAGGGGUGCUGCUCAUCCCCGGGGUGGCACAGGGCUGGGGCCGGGUGGAUUUAUGGUGGAGGGAGGGGACAAUGUCUGUCCUGGGGGCACUGGGGGUUUACUCCCGGUGUCCCAAGUCUCACCUUGGUGUGUCCCCCAUGGGACACCCGAUGGAUUUUGUGGGCCAGGAUCACCUGAUGGGUGCUGGGUUGGUUCCCCCGUGGUGUCAGGGCCUCACCGGGCUGCAGCCUCAGCCACAGAACCAAGGAAUGGGUUGGGUGGGAAAGGACCUUAAAGCUCAUCCCUGCCAUGAGGGACACCUUUCACUAUCCCAGGCCGCUCCAAACCCCGUCCGGCCUGGCCUUGGACACUUCCAGGGGCAGCCUCAGCUUCUCUGGGAAUUCCAUCCCAGCCCCACCCUCCCAGGAAACAAUUCCUUCCCAAUAUCCCGCUCAGCUCUGCCCUCUGGCAGUUUAAAGCCAUUCCCCUCGUCCUCUCUCAUUCCCCCUUGGCCACACCUUUCUCCACCGAAUUUUGGGCACCUGGAAGGAACCAAAUAUUCCUACAGCCGACCUCUCCCUCCUCACCCCCCUCUUCAUCCCCUCUCCCCUUGCCGUGGGGUCUCAGCCACAGGCACAGCACAAUGGGAUGGAUGGAAAAAGAGCUGUCCUGAACUUCUCCCAGAUGAGCUCCAAGGAGCAGCUCCUCCCAAUCCAUUCCAGUUUAUCAGGCAGCCCCAUUAUUUCCAUCAUUCCUUCUUAUUUUUAAAGUCUUCAUUAUUAAAAAAAACCAAAAAAAACCCCACUCACCAAACCAACAAAUCUUAUUUUUGUUGUUGUUUGGGGUUUUUUUGACUUUGCCUUUCUGAAGGAUUUUUUUUUGGCCCAGUUAAAAAUAUCCAGCGCUCAACCGGGGAGGGGACGAUGCAGGAGAAGCUCUCCACAGUGGCCUCUAACAGGAGCUCUGAAGGAGGGAGAGGGUUUAGCUGGGUUUAGCUGCGAGCCAGGCUUAUUCCCAGAGCUGGGCUUAGCUGAGCGCAGCCUUUGAGACGGAGGAGCCGCCCCCAGCCCCAGGGCACCUCCCCACAGCCCAGUGAUGCUUUCCUGGGCCAGCCCUGCAGCUCUGGACUGCCUCAUGCUCCCACCGCCCUCCCGGGCUCUCCCAUCUCCCUCCCGGGCUCUCCCACCGCCCUCCCGGGGCUCUCCCCUCUCCCUCCCGGGCUCUCCCCUCUCCCUCCCGGGGCUCUCCCAUCGCCCUCCCGGGCUCUCCCACCGCCCUCCCGGGGCUCUCCCACCGCCCUCCCGGGCUCUCCCCUCUCCCUCCCGGGGC